AUGAAAGGAAGAUGUGCGAUUUCGGAUUCGUGCGACAAUGAACAGAGGAAGAAGAAGACGAAGCUAUCUCCGUCGUCUGGGUUAUGCUCGUUGCCAGAUGAGUUGGUUUUGAACUGCCUGGCUCAGAUCUCGAGAUUCGACCUAGCCGCAUUAGCCAUCGCCUCAAAGAGCCACCGUUCUCUGGUAGAUUCCCCUGAGCUCUCUGACUUGAGACACAGUAAUGGUUUUUGCACCGAGUCAUGUCUCUACCUAUGCUUGCGCAUCAUUCCUGAGCCAGCCCCACGCUGGUUCAUCCUCACACCUUACCAUCGUCUGUACCCGAUCCCUUCGAACCCCAAUCAGGCUCCGGAAGCAUCCUCUUUCGUGGUGGUGGAUCAGGGGAUCUAUGUAUUCGGUGGACUCAUAAACGGCAGUCGCACUUCCGAUGUCUGGUUCCUCGAUUGUUUCUCUCCGACACGGCGCAUGUCUCACACAUGGCGACGCGCACCGUCCAUGACGAUGGCUCGUGCUAGUGCAUGUGCAAGCCUUUUAGAUGGGAAGAUAUAUGUGUUUGGAGGGUGUGCAGAGUACGCUGAUUCCUCAAACUGGGCAGAGAUAUUCGAUCUAAAGACACAAACUUGGGGUCACUGGUAUAUCCCCAAGAUGCGUUAUGAUAUUCAUCAGAGUGUGGUGGUUGAAGAGGAGAAGACGGUUUACGCGGUGGAUGUGGAACGUCGAACCUUCUACCUUGUGCCAAGUAAGUCUAUGUUUUGGGGAGUGGGUCGUACAGAAUCUAAGUUUGGAAGCAGAAACGAUUGGUGUGCUAUAGGGAACCUUUUGUACUGUCGUAAUACUCCCGGGAGAGUAAUGUGGUGUGAGGCAGGUGCGUUUGAUUGGAGGGAGGUGGAGGGUUUGGAAGAGCUGCAAGUUGCGUGGAGACAAAUCCUCUAUGAUCUUAAUCCUGGCUCGACCAAGGUCGAAUUUGAUAUCAUCCGACUUUGCAGCAACUCUGCUGGGAACAUUGUCAUCUUCUGGAAUGCAUAUCGUGAACAUCCUGAGGCUUUAGAGCUUUGGUCUGCCGAGCUUUCCAUGGAGAAACGCCAGGGAGGCGAGAUUUGGGCAAAGAUUGAAUGGUCACGUCCUCUCUACAAACUUGAUCUUCACUCACACCCUAACCAACAUGCCGGCCUUAAGUUCUACAACAGAGGAAAGGGAACCACAGUUGGGUCUUUGAGCAAGAGAACAUAUCAUACAAGGCUCAAUCAAGGGAGCAAGACAAAAGAAGAGAACCAUCACAGAGGAUUCAAAACAUGUUCAAAAGCAGCAUCCAGGAAAUCCCUCACGGUGAGGAGAGAGUGUGCAGAUCUCGGGUUCCAAGCUAUGCAACUGAGGCGCAACGUGAAGAUCCCCAACUUCCUGUUGAUUCAUUGGAUCACAAUGUACAGAAUAGGAAACCAAUUCUGGGCUACGCUUAUGGAAGACGUCAAGGGGAAGGAGAUAAUUGAUGAUGCUCCGACCGAAAACAAGGUUUCAGAUGAGAUGGAGAAUCGUAAACAGCCAUCACCUGAGUGA